AUGAUGCUGAACAAUCUGCGUACCAGGAGUGCCGCCCUAGCUUCAGUCGCUGUUCGGUAUCAAAGAGCGGUGCACAAUGGACGACAACCGACAGAUAUUGAGGGCGUCAGGCACUCUAUAGCUUCGACUGCGAGCAAAAUCCAGGCUAGAAGGCUAUUAUGCCACGCCAGCCACCAACGCCGCUUCGCCUCAACAGCCGCAGCAGAUACAGGCAAAGUCCAAUCGACAAGGCCCCUUGACGGCAUCACAGUGGUCAGCAUCGAGCAAGCCAUCGCCGCGCCAUUCUGCACGCGACAGCUCGCGGACCUGGGCGCGCGGGUGAUCAAAGUCGAGCGGCCGGGCGUGGGCGACUUCGCCCGCGACUACGACACGCGGGUGGACGGGUUGGCGUCGCAUUUCGUCUGGACGAACCGGUCCAAGGAGAGUCUGGCGCUGGACCUGAAGAAACCCCGCGACCUGGAGGUCCUGAAGAAGCUGCUCUGCAAGGCAGACGUGCUGGUGCAGAACCUGGCCCCCGGCGCGGCCGCGCGCCUGGGCCUCGCGUACGAAGCUCUGAAGGACGACCAUCCCCGCCUGAUCGUCUGUGACAUCUCCGGCUACGGCCAGGACGGGCCCUAUGCGAACAAGAAGGCCUACGACCUGCUCGUCCAGAGCGAGGGGGGAUUGCUCUCCGUCACGGGUACCAAGGAUGAGCCCGCGAAAGUGGGCAUCUCCAUUGCUGAUAUCUCUGCCGGCAUGUACGCCUACAGUAACAUCCUCGCGGCGCUGAUGCAGCGGCAGAGGACGGGCAAGGGGAGCAAGAUCGACAUUUCUUUACUCGAGAGUCUGGUGGAGUGGAUGAGCUUUCCCCUUUAUUAUACGUAUAAAGGGGCACCAGCGCCGACACCGACCGGUGCCUCUCACGCAGCGAUAUAUCCGUAUGGACCGUUCGAGACAGGCGAUGGCGGCUCCGUCAUGCUCGGCAUCCAGAACGAACGAGAGUUCGCGAGAUUCUGCGACAUUGUUCUCGGCGAUCCCAGUUUGGCCACCGAUGCACGCUUCGCGAACAAUUCUCUUCGCGUGCAGAACAGGGAUGAACUGCGAAGAAUCAUCUGCAAGGCACUGGAGAAAUACUCCGUUUCUCAGGCGGUGGAGAAGCUCGAUGAGGCCCAGAUUGCCAAUGCGGCGGUCAACAACAUGCAAGGCGUUUGGGAGCAUCCUCAGCUGCGCGCCAGACGCCGAUGGACCGAGGUCGAGACGCCCAAGGGCAUGGUUCCUGCACUUCUGCCGCCCGGAUGCGUUCCUGAAGGCGAGGAGGACGUCGAAGGUUUGCGCGCCAGGAUGGACAAGAUUCCAGAAGUGGGCGAGCAUAAUGAGAAGAUCUUGAAGGAACUAGGGAUGUAG